UUCCCCAGCUUGGUGUGUAUCCUAGAGUUUCCUGCGUCUGUAGAAAUACCUGCAAGUCCUUCCAUCCAGUGUACGUGUUGUGACGUGCCCCCCUCCCCCCACUAACUCAUUGUAUACGGGGCCAUUUGGGGAACCCUGCGGAAGAAGGAAGAAUUGUGUUCCCAUCGGAGAGCAGCUUCAGUCGGUUUUGGGAAAUACUGGCUACAAACGUAUGAUCGACCUGCAGUCGUCAGUUGCUUCAGGAGCCUCAGACAAGUCCCCCUCCACGCCUUUCCCUUUUAGAACCGGAUUGACAUCUGGAACCCUGACUGAAGACUUAAAUGCUUACGUUGAUAAAAGUCCACAGCCACCGGGUGGAGGAAACACUACAAACCUCAAAGAGUAUAACCUUGUGCCACAAAACCGUUCUCUUCUUGAGAGUGACCUCAGAAACGCAGUUUCUUCUUUCCUGCCGAAAAAAGCGAGUGACAACUCAAAUGUACCUAACUCUGAGUUGCUACCGUUUCUCCAGAAUUUAUGUAGUCAGGUUAACCAUCUCCGUGUGGGACGUAACACCAAGUGGCAGGAAGGCAUCACGAAGGCUGGGGAAGGCGUGGUUGGUGUCGCAAUGGAAGAGCAACCUGUGUGCACCUACUUGGAAAAGAUUCUUACUAAAAAUAUGGAACUGCUGGAAAAGAAACUUGUGGACUACAUCGAUCAGCGAAUAUAUCGACUCCAGGAACACAUGGAUACGAAGAUGGCUCUGUUGAUGGACCUGCUGCAGCAUCCCUACUCCCCACCCCCUGGGACGGCCCUUAGACAGUGUGACUCUGGAGAAAGACUUUCAAAUGGAGAAAGAUAAGUGCUCAACAUGUAGGAUGUACUGCAGAUAUUUAUUACAUAUUUAUUGCAAAGCCUAAACCCCCAGAGUUCAAAGCAAGUAUUUAAUGUCAUUUGAGGAGCAUCAGCUUACUUACAUCACGUGACCUCAGUGUUCAUUUUAACUGUACUUGUUAACUGUCAAUCCAGGACUGUGCACUAAGAUUAACAUGAUAGGGUCAUCAAUUAUUUUUGUUUGCAAUGUUGUUUACUCUUACAGAAAUUUAUGUGUAUUUCUGGGUUUAGUGUUUAAAAUGUUAAGGAUUUUUAAGCAAUUCAUGAGUCUGUGUUGUAUAACGUGUUUGAUAGAAGUACAUUUUUUAUUUAUAAAGGGGUUUAUUUUAUAGUCUUAGGAGUAUGAAAAAUAAUGCUUAGAGUAUUUGAUAAUUUUUCUUUUUCUAAUUGAUUUUUCAUGGAAAAUUGGAUACUUACACUCAGAUCGCUAAUUUACAUUUUGUAGUGUUUAAUUCAGAUAAUGAGUAAGAUGGCAAUGUUUGACGAUAUACAGAGACACUGGGGCCACUCCUGGGGCUGCUAUUUUGUGUUUCAAUACACUGUAGUGGGAAGUUGGAAAGUAAAAAUCAGAACUGGCUUAUUCCUUGUUGGGAUGAAUACUUUAGUUUCAGUGUUUGAUGUAAAAUGGGAGAAUUCAUCCUGUUUUAGCUCAAUAAACAGAAAGUAUAAGGAACUCUCCCUUUUCUGAGCUUAUGCAGGUGCUUCCCAGAGCCCUCCUCUGGUAUGUUGAAAGUAUGACGUGCCGUGGUUGUGCAUGGAACGAUUGAGGCGUGUGAAUCAAGAAGAUUGUGCUUCUCUCCAGCAGAUGUCAUUUUCGGGAAUUAGAACUGUUGUAUAUGUGUUGAAGAGUGAUCUGUUUGCACUUAAAAAUAAAUUUAACCACUUUGGAAACUA